ACAGAAUCCAAAGUCGCAAUUAAUCUGACUUUGGCGGAAGUGGGGGCCUCUGCUGAAGUGAGUCACCAAAGUGAUUAAGGGUUCACCAAGCUUGAGGUAUCCACGAGCAUGUUCCCUUUGAUAUUACAUGCAAAACUUCGGCAUUGCUGUAAAUAUUCUCUGCUGAUUGCUUGGGCAGUCAGUCUGCCGGUGUGGUAUUUGAGCUCAACGACUUGAAUGCCUUAACCGCGAUACGGAAGCUCGCAUGCUCGCCAAUCUAGCAUGAGUGAUUACGGUAUGCGAGGUGGAAAUGUGACAUCAGCCCCCUCUGGUCUCUCUUAUUCCAUCAGCAAGAACGAUUUGGCAGCUUAUUCACUUAGCACCCAACAAAGAGAGUCCAGCCUAGCGUCAGUUCGAGGAAACCCAAGCUCUGAGUUGAGACCGUCUGCAUUGGCGACUCAGGUCAAUUGCCGUCUAGAAAAAUCAGGCCCGAACCUGUCCCACUCCGAAGCUUUGGGAUCGGCGCGGCCGAUUCUUCCUCCUAUUAAGAGCGGGAAAGUGAUCUCUCCCAUCACUCGAGCUCCAGUUCAUUCCUAUCCCGAGCACCCCUCAGUUCCGCAAAACAGAGGCUACCACAACGCAUACCCAGAGUCGUUAUAUGAAAGCGGGCGCUCUAGCAGUAAGGGUAUACAACGAGUACUAGCUCACGAGACUUCCUCACUCGCCAGCAACAAAAAUCCCCCUUCUUAUUCUCAAAACUACUUUCCAGAGGCACCUCGCUCAAAAACUUUGGUUAAAGGUACCCAUGGCUCGAUCUCCAACUUGAAUCCAUCUAGUCCACUGCAUCCUAAUCUGAUGCCAUCACCUGACCUGAGGUACAAAGCGGAGCCUCAGAUGACGCACCGUAGAUCUGAUUCUUCCUGCGAAUUAAAUUUUACAUCCCACUACACUGGUAGUAGAAGACCCACCGAUCAGCUUCUCCAUUCGGGUCACCCGGGACUUGAAAGCGUAAAUAUGUGUCAUCCGAAUCAAGAUCCAAUAAUAGAUUGCAACUCAAAUCAACUCAGUCCAACUACUGAGAAGAAGCAUAGAUGCGGAUUCUGCUCCCAAGCGUUCGCCAGAAGACACGACCGGGACAGACAUCAAAGAAUGCAUACGGGUGAAAAACCAUACGAGUGUUCACAAUGUGGGAAACGAUUCAUGAGGAGUGACGCGCUCAGCCGACAUCGCCUUGUGGAGCCGAAAUGUGGAGGGUACCUGGGUCAAGGUUGAUUUGGGGUUCUCAUGAUGGUCAAAAGCGGGAUGCCGCAGAGAGAAGUUAAAAUUUAUAGCGGUGAACGCUGUUUCAAGGUCGCGCUCAAAUUGAUCUUGAGCUCUGAAAUGUUUCUCCAAGAGAAAGAAAAAAAAUUGUAAAAGCGACUCAUUAUUUCAUAGUAUUACAUAUCCCCUCCUCCUUAAUAACAAAAUAUUCGAACAACUUACAUCGUCCCUGUAACUCCAUGAGGCCUUUUACUUAUUUUAAGAUAGCAUCUCUUAGUAUUUUAGGGCGCCUUAUCUCAAAAAAACAACAGUUGUAUCCUUAUUACAUAUAUGAAAUGACCACUAGAUAGCCCUUUUUUUGACGCGCUGAAGGCACGGC